ACCUCCACCAUCCAACUCCAAUUCCAACGACUUGCACUUUCACUUUGUAUCACAAUUUCACACUCAGAUAGUAGAAAUGCUGGCCAAAGUUCCUGCUCCGGCGGCAGUCAACCACCACCACCACCUCCUGCGGCCAAAACGCCUUGAACCGGAAUCAUGGAUGGCGGGAACCCACAGCUGCAAGUGUCUCUAUCUUCAUCAGACGAGAAAAUGGGGGAUUAGUUGCAGUUUCAGUCAGAGACCCACCGAUAACCCUGCAGCUGCAGCAGAAGCUUCUUAUGACCUCAUGGACGAUUUCAUCGUCCUCGGACAAGACAACAAUGCCCCUCCCACUCCCACCACCAGAAACACUACCACCCAUCCAGGUAAUGACCGUCAACCGGCACCUACUCCUAGGAGAGUUGCUCAAAGUUUCGGGAGAUUGAAAGUACAUAGAGUGAAAUCUAUAGCUGAGAAACCUUCUCGGAUUAAGCAAGAAAUAGAUGAAAGCGAUGAUGAAGUAAAUGUGCAAGAUGCACAACCAUUUGGCAAUCCGCGUUCAAGACUUGGAUUUGAUGGGAAAAAGAACAAGGCAGAUGCCCGCGGUCUUGGUGGAAGACGUUCAAGUGAUUCCCACUCGAAAGAGUUUAGGGACAUGAGGCGGAGGAAGGGGACAGCAAACAACAUGGACCAUUCUCCUGUGAAAAGGACGGAAAAUGGUUUUGAGCCAAUCUCUGACAAUCAAAACAAGCACCAUAAGCCUUAUAGGUCUGACGCCAACAUAGCCGGACAAAAGGAUUCAGCUCCAAGGGGUUCUUCUGCUCACUCAAAAGGAUGGGGCAAUGGAGGAGGGUCCAUGUAUGACUUGGCUGAGUUGCCCGACCUAAAUCAGCGAAGGAAAUUUUCCACCGACAAUGACUUUUUCAGUCGAAAAUCCUUCAGGGAUGUGGGUUGCAGUGAAUAUAUGAUUGAAUGUCUGAAGAGGCAGCUUUUCCAGCGCCCAUCACAUAUUCAGGCCAUGGCAUUUGGUCCUGUUGUUGAGGGGAAAACGUCUAUUAUAGCAGACCAAAGUGGAUCUGGCAAGACGUUAGCUUACCUUGCUCCAGUAAUUCAGCGUAUAAGGGAAGAAGAACUUCAAGGGCUGAGCAAGUCCUCGUCAAUGAGUCCUCGAGUUGUUAUACUGGUACCAACUGCUGAGUUAGCUUCUCAGGUUUUGGGUGUUUGCCGUUCAAUGUCAAAAUUUGGGGUUCCAGUUAGGUCUAUGGUUGUAACUGGUGGUCAUCGGCAGAAAACUCAGAUGGAAAGUUUAGAACAAGGUGUGGAUAUCUUAAUAGCAACACCUGGUCGGUUUAUGUAUCUGAUUAAAGAGGGCUUCGUGCACUUAUCAAAUCUAAGAUGCGCUGUACUGGAUGAGGUAGAUAUACUCUUUAAUGAUGAGGAUUUUGAAGCAGCACUGGAAAGUUUAAUCAAUUCUGCACCUGUUACCAUGCAAUAUCUUUUUGUGACUGCAACGUUACCCCUUGGAAUUUACAACAAAUUGGUUGAAUCCUUUCCUGAUUGUAAAGUAGUCAUGGCACCUGGAAUGCACCGUAUAAGCUCUGGCCUUGAAGAGGUGCUUGUAGAUUGCAGUGGAGAUGAUGGAAGUGAAAGAUCUCCAGAGAAGGCAUUCUCAAAUAAGAAAUCUGCUCUUCUACAGCUUGUGGAGGGAAGUCCAGUUCCCAAAUCGAUAAUUUUCUGCAACAAGAUUGAGACGUGCAGAAAAGUUGAGAAUAUAUUAACACGUUUUGACAGAAGUGGAACUCGCGUUCGGGUUCUACCAUUCCACUCUGCCUUGGCCCAAGGAUCAAGACUCGCAAAUAUGGAGGAGUUCACCAAUUCUCAUUCAAAGGAAGUCUCACAGUUUUUGGUUUGCACUGAUAGAGCAUCGCGUGGAAUCGACUUUACUGGUGUGGAUCAUGUUAUACUCUUUGACUUCCCCCGCGAUCCAAGUGAGUAUGUACGACGUGUUGGAAGAACUGCCCGAGGUGCUGGAGGAAUCGGUAAGGCGUUCAUCUUUGUGGUGGGGAAACAAGUCUCCCUUGCGGGAAAGAUAAUGGAAAGAAACCGGAAAGGUCACCCGGUGCACGAUGUACCAGCUGCAUAUGAGCUUUUGUACUAAAAGGCUUUUUUGCCUGCUUGUAAAAGAAACAUGACCACCAAUUUUCUUGACAUACGCUUGGCUUUCAGAAAACAAGUGCAAUAUGCUUUUCAUACAAGCAAUUCAUUUUUUUUUUAAUUAAAUUAACCAACAAGUUAAUAUCA